AUGAGAGAUCCCCGUACGAUAGCAGUCAUGCAUAACGUCAGGUCUCUACAUAUGGUUUCGGAAUCAGGUGGCGCACACCGAAACCGUUCUAUGUCAUUGUCUACUCGCCAUUACAACGGAGCUCCAAGACCGGAACCUAGAUAUUCUUUACAACUUCAGACUGACGAAAACAGCUACCUACUUCGUUUGAAGAUAAUAGGUGCUGUAUCAUUGGCUAAAAAGGAUAUAUUUGGUGCUAGUGAUCCGUAUGUGCGUGUGGAGCUGCAGAAAGUAGACGGCGACUUCACGCUAGAAACGUUUCUAACCAAAACAAAGAAAAAGACUUUAAAUCCUAAAUGGAAUCAGGAGUUUGUAUUUAAGGUGAACCCCCAGGAGCACAAGUUGGUGAUCCAGGUGUUCGACGAGAACCGGCUGACGAGGGACGACUUCCUCGGCAUGGUGGAGGUGCCGCUGGCGGGCGUGCCCACAGAGAGUGCGGCCAACGUUAGACCCUCGCCGCUCAAGUACCCGCUGAGGCCUCGCAGGUCUGCUGCUCGGUCCCGUGUUCGAGGUCACAUCGAGGUGUACGCGGCGCUGGUGGGGCGCGUGGGGGAGCCGGGGCUGGCCGCCGCCGCCGACGCCGCCGCCGCCGACGACUGGGAGCUGGUGCAGCCCGCGCCCAACACCGGGGAGGUGCACUCGGUGGGGACGGUACCAUCUACCAUCGGCUGCGAUUGGGAGCUGAUCGACGCCCCGGAACUGACGCUGGUGGGUGAGACUCUGCCACAAGGCUGGGAGGAGCGGCAGGACGGCAACGGCCGGACCUACUACGUGAACCACAUCGAGAGGACCACCCAAUGGGAACGGCCUACGUUCACCCGCAACCAAAGCGUGGAGUCGCAAGCUGAGCGAAUGGAGACAGCGGCCACUGAGUUCCAGAGGCGGUUCCACAUCUCUGCAGACGAUGAACACUCCAGCCCAGUAUCCUCGCAGCACCAGGAGGAUCUAAGCAAUAGAAGCGGGGCGACAAAUUCAACAGAGCCAACACCUUUUUCCACACCAAUACGUUCCCCAGAUAUAGUAACAGAGGGAACAGGAGGUGACGUUCUCGAGGAAGAAUCAGAGAAUGUUGCGCAGACUAGUUUAAGUGAAACCGACUGUGAUAGUAAUUUAAGGGAUAACUGUGAAGACGAUGUUGUAUGCGCAAACGAGGCUAUAGAGCGUGUACGCAACGCGGAUCAGGACAACGACAAUGAUGUUGCUCAAGUCGACGGUGAUGAGAAUGCUAGUCAAGAAACAGAGGCUGUACAUAAUGGUGCAGAUGCAGAGCUAGAAAGCGAGAGAAUUAAUAUUAACGAGGAGAGUCAAACGCAAGUUACAGAUGAGAAUGCGAUAGAAGUUGAAAAUGACAAUAAUCAGGUUAUUGAACGGCGAGAGAAUGGAGAAGUAGAACUAACUGGGAAUGAGACAGAUGAGUUUGCAGAAGAGUCGUUGACGUUUGACGAGAACCAUUUCAGUACACCGACCGGGGCUAGUCCGACGAGGUCGCCAGUCACUCGACGUAGGACGGCGAGUUCGGAUUCUGAGGACGAGACGGACGGGUCGACUGAGAGUACGCGCAGUAGCAGCGCCAGUAGUACGCAAAGCCAGAACCUACCUAACGCUGAUGGUUUACCAUCAGGCUGGACGAUGCAGAAGGCGCCCAACGGCAGGGUCUUCUUCAUUGACCACAAUCAGAAGACCACCACGUGGAUAGAUCCUAGAACAGGGUGCGCGUCGAGCCUGCCGAGCGCGGCGGCGGCGUCGUCCGGGGCGGAGGCCGACGAGCUGGGCGCGCUGCCCGAGGGCUGGGAGGAGCGCGUGCACACGGACGGACGGAUCUUCUUCAUUGACCACAAUACUCGCACGACGCAAUGGGAGGACCCCCGGUUGUCGAACCCGCAGAUAGCGGGCCCCGCAGUACCGUACUCACGCGACUACAAGCGCAAAUACGAGUUCCUCAAGGGGCAGCUACGGAAACCGAGCAACGUGCCUAAUAAGUUCGAGAUAAAAGUGCGUCGUAACUCGAUACUGGAAGACUCAUAUCGCAUCAUCACCUCCGUGAAUCGCAUCGAGCUGCUCAAGACCAAGUUGUGGGUGGAAUUUGAGUCGGAAGUCGGUCUCGAUUAUGGGGGUUUGGCGCGAGAAUGGUUCUUCCUGCUGUCGAAGGAGAUGUUCAACCCGUACUACGGACUGUUCGAGUAUUCAGCGAUGGACAACUAUACACUGCAGAUAAAUCCGAACAGCGGCGUCUGUAAUGAGGAGCACCUUAGCUACUUCAAGUUCAUCGGCCGCGUGGCCGGCAUGGCGGUAUACCAUGGGAAACUGCUCGAUGCAUUCUUCAUCCGUCCAUUCUACAAAAUGAUGCUGAGCAAGCCCAUUGAACUGCAGGACAUGGAGUCGGUCGACUUGGAGUACUACAACUCGCUUAUAUACAUCAAGGAAAACGAUCCAUCAGAGUUGUAUCUGACAUUCUCGGUGGACGAGGAGCAGUUCGGUAAGACUAUACAGAGGGACCUGAAACCCGGCGGUGCUAACAUACCGGUAGACGAAGAGAACAAAGAUGAAUAUAUCAAGUUGGUGAUACAAUGGCGAUUCGUCAGUAGAGUACAAGAGCAGAUGUCAGCGUUCCUAGACGGAUUCGGUGCACUGGUGCCUCUGAAUCUGCUGAAGAUCUUCGACGAGCACGAACUGGAAUUGCUGCUGUGUGGCAUCCAGCACAUAGACGUGCGAGACUGGCGCGCCAACACGCUCUACAAGGGAGACUACCACGCCAAUCAUAUUGUAGUCCAGUGGUUUUGGAGGGUGGUGCUGUCGUUCUCCAAUGAGAUGAGGUCUCGACUGCUGCAGUUUGUGACGGGCACGUCGCGCGUGCCCAUGAACGGGUUCAAAGAGCUGUACGGGUCCAACGGACCCCAGCUGUUCACCAUCGAGCGGUGGGGCAGCCCCGACAACUACCCUCGCGCUCACACCUGUUUCAAUCGAAUCGACUUACCUCCAUACGAGAGCUAUCAGCAGUUACGCGAGAAACUCGUCAAAGCCAUCGAAGGGUCACAGGGCUUCGCGGGCGUCGACUGA